CGCAGAAAGAUCAAGUUACCUUUUGUCGAGUGGUGUAAAUAGAAAACACUUGACAUUCGUCAAAUAAGAUGUAUACACAUGAUGCUCGGAAGUGAUCGGACCAUAAUAUUUGGAGCAGCGGUUUUAUCAUAAACAGAGAGUAUCACUUUAUCAAUAUCCGACGCUUUGUAAUUUUUGUGCUGAGAUUACCUAUCAUCAGCGUUUCGCGCUUGAUUAUGGCACCGCAUUUGUUGUGUAAUUUUCGGGUGGUUAAACGGAAUUUUAAUCAGAUGAUAAUUUAUACUGCGGCCUAGAAGUCCUCAGUCGACAGCGGAAUAUAUGCCAAGAUUGCCUGGCGCGUAAAAAUGGAAACAUCAACUGCGGAUACUUCGGAGAUUGUCUUCCAGAGCAAUGGUCAUCCUAUUCGCUACAGCACGCCCCCUUUUGCUGUGACUAUUGCGGAUAAAACGGAAAAAAUUGGCGACAGUAUUUGCUUUAUUUUAGCCGUUCAGAAGCAUGGCAGACCAGGUAGUUCACCGGAAGAACUGCACGUCAAACGCUUUCCUGAUGAUUUCCGCAACUUGGAUAAACGAUUACGAAAUGACACCACCGAAAAUUUGCCAGGAGUUAUUGCACCCCGGCUAUCUACAAAAGAAAUUUCCCUGGUCGAAACCGUAUCUGAUAAUAAUGCUCGCUUUAUGGGAGAGUAUGCCGCCGAAAGAAAUAUGUUUCAAAGAUAUCUGGAUGCAGUACUAAAUCAUCCUUUAAUAAGUCAAAGCAAAAUCGUCGAAGAUUUUGUCACUCUGUCGGAUUUCUCAGGAUAUGCCAAUUUCAAAGUCAGCUUGGCCAAACGAUUGACAGGAGCAGUGGACGAAAUCAAAACUUCAAACUAUGUCGAUCCUCAUGCAUUUUUUCAGAAUCGGAAAGUGUGGUUGAUGAAGUACAGCGGCUCUGUGGCGGACUUUUACAACGUUUUUACGCUGCAAAACAUUUGCAAGAAGAAUUUGUCCGCUGUUAUGGCAGUAUUGUCUCAAAUGCUCAACAGUAAUGGUCAUCCGAAGGAUCCCGUUAGCAAAUUGUUGGGAUUAUCAUCGGAUGCAAUCAAGCAAGAAGAGUAUGGCUGGCAUUUAGCCUACUGGAAAGGUGAAGUGACUCUGGGAAUAUUUCUUAAGCACCAUAUUGCUCAAAUGGACUCCUUCAAGGAUAUGAUGCAACAGAGAACAUUAAUCCUAAAGGAAUGUGACAGCAUGAAAAAGACAGCGGAAAAAGCCAAGCCCCCAAAGAAAGAAGCGGCUGCCGCGGCUCUGCAGGAAGCGGAGAAACUGGUUGAUCAGUGCAGCAAUACGGGAAAAGAAGAGAUCGAAAGGCUGGACGAGACGGAAGUCAAGGGAUUCCGACAGGCACUGAUCGAUUACGCUGAAUCCCAGAUCCAAGCUGCUCAAGAAAGUUAUGAGAUAUUAUUGGAACAAAUUAAGCGAAUUCAGGACUGGCAGCCGGAAUAAUCCGCAGCAUAUUCUGUGCAUGUCUUUCAAAACAGUUAUUCUUUCGUUGUCACUUGUCAGAGAUAAAAAGCCUUUAUAUCAUCUCUGUGUUUUAUGGCGAAACGUGUUUUUGUACUAGAAGCUUCGAUUCGGAAUGGGCGUUCUUCUUCCGUUUCUUCUCCAUGUAUGAUUUCAGUUUUCCUUUCUUUUUUAAAUCUUCGAACUGAGCAACCAUAUCCAGAAGCGAUUUAUCCGCUGCAAUUCGAAGAAAAAAAAUUUAUUAAAAUAGUCGCAAUAACAGCAAAAUAAACUGACAGUGAAAUCAAAAA